AUGACAAUCCUUCACAAAUUAUUAGGUCUUCCCUCCAAUCCUAAUCCAGAAAGAGAAAUAACAAAAGCAGGAUUUGAAGUAUCUACCUGUUCAUCCACUUGUGAUGGAUGUACUUCUGGUUCAUUUCCAAAAUCAGUAAAAUUUGAAGAAAAUGCACCACUUUGGGAAUCAACAAAACCUUAUGGAUUACAUAUAGUGGUAUAUACAGGUAAAACAGACUGGCCACAUGAUGCUACCAGUGUAAAGGGAACUCUUUCCCAUGAAAUUGCCAAGUGGGCUGACAAGACCAAGUCACCCUUGGGGAAAAUUAAAGUUACUUGUUCUUCCCUUGGUUCUGAUGAAUUAUUAACUGAAGAUGAUUAUAUAAAUGAAACAAAAGGUGAUAUCCUUUUACUUCCACAUUUCCUUUCCAUUAAAGGUCUAACUAUUCAACAAGUUGAUCCAAUAUUGACUAGCCUUACUCAACAACUAGCUGACCCUGAUACUUAUCCAAUUGAUUCUAUCUUAUCCCAAUUCCCACAAGUUCAAAAAGAUAAUAAUAUGGCAUAUGUAUUUUUCUGUUCUCAUAGAACAAGAGAUAAGAGAUGUGGAAUUACUGCGCCAAUAAUGCAAAAAGAAAUGAAUAUGUAUUUACAGGAAUUAGGAUUAUAUCGAGAUUUUGGUGAUUUAACUCCUGGAGGUGUAAAUGUUGCAUUUGUUAAUCAUGUUGGUGGACAUAAAUUUGGUGCAAAUGUAAUCAUUUAUUUAAAAAGAUCAGGUAAAAAUAUUUGGUUAGGUUUAUGUCGUCCUGAAAAUGUUAAACCAAUUGUUGAUGAAUGUAUUUUAAAAGAUGGUAGAGUUUGGCCUGAAAAAGUUAGAAUGGUUCAAAAAUUUGAUCCAAUAGAUUGGUAA